UCUCUCUCUCGCUGUCUCACUCGCGGAAGUACAUCCAGAGUUUCCGUACUGCGUACUACGAAGGCGAGAGACGGGCAAUUUAUGCAUGAACAUUUUCUCCGUCUCUCCGUGUUUCCUCGCGGCGCGGCUCUAUUCUUCUUUAUUUAUUGCCCCGUGACGCUGCGGCGAACACAAAGCAAGCCACGCGCCUCGUAUAAAAGCGUGUGGCGUUAGGAUGGAAAUAGACGUAGCUAUAUCCUUCGUAAUCAUGUGUAAAGCGUGUGUCCUGCAGUGCUGGCGGGGGUGGACGUAUGACCGAGUGAUAAGGGUGACGCUUAUACCGGUCCACAGUAGGUUGAAAAUACAUACGGAAAUGUGUGCUCGUGCCCCGCGAAAGGUCUUUGCGCUGAAUAAUUUAAAAGCGGCUGUGAUCGAUUCGCAGGUGAGCCGCAGGGAGGAGACGCGACGCGGACUAUUCCGGUCGACCUCGAUUGCCAUUCGAUCGAAUCGCGCAAUUAUACUGCAUAAUUUCGAAGCGCGUCUCUCUCCGUGUUACGUAUCUCGCGGACGAUUAUCUUUCCAAGCAGCGGCUCGUCGCUGAAAGCGCGAAAUAAUAUUGACAAACCGCGGGAAACGAACGCGAAUUGUCAACUCGGAGCUCGCGAGAGUCGCCAACGCGAUGUCUCGCGCGAUGAUUUCGCGCGAUAUUUCUAUUUAUAUUUCGCAGAAGAGCAGACGGAUAUACGUUCUCUUUAACCUCUUUGGGAGAUUAUGUCGCUCGAAGUGCUUCGCUUCGUUUUCCGGAAGACCGUUGCUCGCGUCCGUCAUUUCAUACAUCCAAUUUCGCUUUACGGCGCGGCCGAACACGCCGCGUUUACUUACUGCAGAGAUCGCGUAUUUUCCUGCGCUGAUCGAUACAAAAAAAGUUGAUGUUGAUACGCGCGCUAGAUUCGAGUUGCGUGCGCCGAUCCCGUAAAUGAUAGGCAAGAGAAAGAGAGGGGCAGGAGAGAGGAAGGGUGCGUUUGUGGAAAGCCGCAUAAAACGGAGGCGCCACAUCGUCUGAGGCUGGCGCUCGAUAAAACUACGUUACAUUACGUGCGAACGCCAUGCGAGGCUUAUUAUUUCCCCCGCCCCCCCCCUCCCUCCGCUCUCCCCCGCGUUUCUUCCCCCGCGCUCCGUUUCUUCCCCUCCCUUCGCUCUUCCAGUCGUCAAACUGUCACACUGGCUGCGAAGGUCAUUAAGCGAAACUGUGUCACAAUAGCAAUAGCGGCGGUCCCGUUUUGUACGAGCGGGAAAGUGGAUCACGCAUCGCGUGAUUCCCGCCGAAAUUUUGCCAUCACAGAGGAAAAUCCCUUCGACAAGGAAAGAUCAGAUAGGUCUUACUCGAGGACCUCGGCAGGGGGAAGCCCGAGAGGGAAUUACAUUUACAACGGGACUGUACAUUUACAUGUUCGGGGGAGGGGGUGGAAAGUUUCACGAGAUCCUCCGGGCGAGAGAUGUGAGCACGCCGAUAUUACGCAAAGGAUAUUACACAAAGGACACGUCUCUCGUAAAAGUUUACGAGAGACCCCCCCUCCCGCCCUCGGAGAGCAGACCGCCGCGGAAAUUAUUUUCCGGACUGAUCCGCGACGGUCGUAAAUGCAGGAUCACGCAAAUAAUACCGCGCCGUACCGGUGCACCCUCCGCCCGCGAUCGGGGGUGCGGCGGGGGUGGGAGAAGAGAGAAACAGAAGACGAAGAAGACGGGGGAAGAAAGUUGCAGCGCGGCGCAGUCGAUUAUUUUAAUCGAGCGCAUGAAAACGGACGACGGUUGUCGACCUAGUUUCGCCGUCGCACUACAGGUCUCCAUGGAACUUUGCAUAAGCCGUCAUCCGCGACGCGUAUACAUAUAUAAUCCCACAUUCAUAUCGAGUGAACGCAGCUGGGGAAUUAUUCCCCGUUUCGUACUCCCUUGUACUUCGCUUUAGCCUACUUUAGCCUCGGUGGCCGGUCUCGCUGCGAUCCGCGCGGCGCGGCGCGGCGCGACACACUUCGCCACUUCGCCGAAGAGAGGUACGGGGACGAGCGUGCGACUCCGCGCUUCUGCUCGUCGGCGAGGUCUGGUCGAAUUUCAAUUCCAACGAGCUCGAAUUUCAAUUCCAGCGAGCUCGAUCUCUCUCGGGAUGGCGAGCUGGCGUCGAGCCGAUUAACUCGCGGAGAGCGCGAGAGCGAUGCUUUUCAGCGCCUUAGACUGGGUGAAGGAAGUGACACGACGCUUGGUCGCCGACGAUUACGAAGAAGAAGAAGAAGAAGAAGAAGAAGAAGAAGAAGAAGAACAAAUGAAGAAUCUAGAAGAAGAAGAAGAAGAAGAAGAAGAAGACUGUGAGGCGUCUCCAUCUCGUUGACAUCGUGACGACCAGCGGCCAGAGGAAAUCGAGACGGGGACUCAGAGGCUCGCCUCGCGCGCGGCCAACUCGGAAUCAAAGACUCAGCAGCACCCUGCCGCGGUCGCUCGCUCGCAGGCCAUGAAGAGGCCUGCGUCUGCGAUUUCCCGGCGCGCAGCCCGGCCGCGCGGACGAGCGCGCAGAUUUCACGGGGAGAACUCGGGGGAAAUCCGGCGGCAGAGCACGGCUCGGCCGCCAUCUCUGGUGAUCAGGCCGCAUCAUCCUCUCCCGCGAGCGUCUUCGGGGUUCGCACCGGGUGACGUCAACUGCGGUAACGCGCGCGCGGCGCCGUUGCAGUUUCGCGACGCGCAGCCGCGCGGCGACGCGAUCAAUGCGCGUCCCCGCGCGACGGCUCCGUUGGCGCAUACUGCACGCGGCUCGAGGCGGAACAUGCGCGCGGGUGGACUCGUCCUGCGGUAAAAAGGAGAGCUUCCUCGCGCGGAAGUCUGACGUGGUGGACGUGGCCGAGGCAAUGCGUACGUGAACCGUCCGAUGAGUUCGUGAGUCGUCGCGAGAGUUGACGCGAGCGGCGCCGAGUGCGAGACUUGCGACGGCGGCCGGAAGCAGCUCACGCAAGAGCUGCGCCGAGUUACAACGUCGAGCUGCCAAGACGAGAGUCGACGCGACGCAGAGCUGCGGAGAGGACGCCUCCUCGCGCGAGCGACACGUUCGCUCCGCACGAUGUAGAGACCAGGAGCGAGCAGGGAGCAGGUCUGGCAAGCGCUUGGUCUCCGAGCUGUUUCGACAGCUCCACCCUUACACAGUCGGCCGAUCGUUCGUCACCCUCUGCCUCUCUCGUUGCCUUUCCCCACUCCUGCCUGCGCGCCUAGCGAACGACCACGGUGAGAUUCGCCGAACGAUAGAGCACGGUUUCGACUUAUAUAACAGCUCGAGGCGAGCACGGUGCGAGCACCGUUUGAGGAUCUCGAUUCGUCGUGUGUCUUGUUGAAGUGUUGAAGACGGACUGGAGAGCGAUCUCUCUUCCGACAGUUUGAAGCACCGAUCACCGAGUUGUCGAGGAGCAGCGACCGAGCGGAAGAGCGGAAGUGUGAAGGAGAUACUUUGCGGGUAUUCACACGAGCUUGAAGCUUGAGAGACUUUGAGAGAGAAGAACACAAAGUGCGCGUGACAGCAGCGUGACGAUCAACAGCUGUGCCUGCGUAGGAUGAGAAGAGGCGCAGCUAGACGCGGCUAGCUAGUUCGGGCUUCGAGCGAACGAGCGAGCAACCUACCGCGGGCAGGAUGCCGAGACCAGUGCCGGUGGAGAACCUGGUGAUACCGCCGCAGGAUGGCCGCAUCUGCGGCACGAUCUGCAUCUGCCAGAUGACGGCGGUGCUGUCGUCGGUCGCGCUGGUCUACCUGACGGUCGCGAUCUACAUGCCGAGCACACGGGCCUUUCAGUCGGGCAUCAGCGAGGUGCCGGUGAUGUGCACGACGAUACGCGCGGUGAACGCCGACAAUUGCGACUGGGGCAGCUGCGGCGAGUGGUGCCUGUCCAAGACCUCCGGGCCGUGCGUGCAGAUCCACGUGAACCUACGCAGGAACGGCUCGACGAUCCUGCUGGCGAACUGCACCAACACCACGAACAAGACGUGCUACGGCAUCGACCAGGAGAACGCGAAGAAGUCCAAGUGCAUCGCCGACGAGUGCCGCAACCUCACCGGCACCUUCAACUGCUCCGCCGGCACCUGCAUCAACAUCACCGACGCCUUCGAGUGCAUGUUCCACGACACGGACCCGCCGCUCAAGUGCUCCGGCCGCCGCGGCAAGAUCACCUGCAUCGACAUAGACGGCCUGUUCAACUGCAACCGCGGCACCUGCGAGCGCAUCAGGACGCCGUACAACUGCGACCGCAGGUGCGUCGACAUCCCGACCAGGAACAAGAACAUGAUCCUGCUGAGCGGCGACAAGGUCUACCUGAGCCAGUGCGAGCGCGCGAUCGACGUGGAGACCAACCGGGAGAUCUGGCACGAGGACCGCGGUGACGUCAUGAUGGCGUCCUGCUACGGGAUCUUCAACUCCACCUUAGGCGUGGAGGCGGUCGACUGUAUCAACGGCUCCGUCCUCGAGAAGGACCUGCUGACCGACCUCACCAACUUCACGUACCUGUCCUACCUGAACAUAUUCGCCACCAAGCCGCUGGACGCCGACAAGUUGGUCGCGCCGCCGGAGCAGAGCCUGAUCAUCGCCAACGAGAGCCGGCUGUUGAUCAAUCUCGAGGGAUGCGUCAACACCCUGCGGGACGAGUGCAAGGAGUUCCUCCACGAGUACGGCAAGGACGGCUCCGACCAUAACGCGCGCGCCAGGUUCCCGUGUUACUACGCCGAGGACAACACGGACGUCGUCGUGUCGCGCUUCAAUCUACAGACGACCUACAAGGAGUUCCUCAUCGCUCUACUGCUGCCGAGUAUCUUGUUCGUCGUCAGCUGUCUCACUCUGAUCUUCUGUCAGAGGACAGUCGUCGUCGGGGACGACGCUAAAAUGAGGUUCAAGGGCACGCCCGGCACGCUGGUCUCGAUUGAGAAGAGCGCGUCGGGCAACUUAGGGGAUGCUGGCGGAGGAGACUCCGUCAUGGCGCUCUGAGAUCCGUCACGCAUUCCCCUCCUGGAGGAGAGUCCGGCUCGUCAGUCGAUAUUCUCCCUGCGCGGGCAUUACUGAGGUGUGGGGAGGGGGGGAACGCGUGAUUAAAAUUCUCAUCUUGCAAUUUGACGAGGCGAA